AUGGCCAAGUGCUAUAUCUUAGCAUCUAUCUCAAAUGUUCUACAACAUCAAAUGCAGGAUGUAGAACUAGUCUCGAACAUAAUGCUAAGUCUGAAGGAAAUGUUUGGUGAGCAAGGUCGUUCUGCUAGGCGAGAAAUUAUGAGGCAGAUUUAUAAUACCAAAAUGGCUGAAGGUACUUCAGUAAGGGAGCAUUGUCUUAGGAUGAUCUCUCAUAUGAAUAUACUGGAGGUUUUAGGUGCCGAUAUUGAUGGAGAAUCCCAAGCGGAUAUGAUACUCCAGUCACUACCAAAAUCAUUCAAGGAAUUCAGACUUAAUUAUAACAUGAACAAAAAAAUUUAUACAUUGUCUGAAUUAAUGAAUGAAUUGGUGGCGGCGGAAGGCAUUUUUGGUACAUCCAUUGUUGAUGCCAAUAUGGCUGAAGCUUCUACUUCUCAUCCUAAUUCAAAAGAAGAAGAAGACGGACUUCGCCAAGCAAGAUGGUAA